AUGGACUACUACAACAACAGCGGCUACGACAACGAUCAGCAGCGGUACGGCGACCACCGCUCUGACCGGCCUCACCACGACCAUCAGCAGCAGCAGCAGCAGCAGCAUUACCACCAUCGGAACCAGGAACAGCACGGCGACUCGAACUACCACGACCCCCACGCUGGGUCACAGUACCAGCACGAUGCAUACGGCCGGCAGCAGCAGCAGUACUCCAACGAAGAGCCAGCGUUCCAUGCUGUGCCCGUCAAGCCGCGACGGCAACCCUCGCAAUUGGUAUCGGCGCACGGCCCCUCGCGGCCGCCAGCGGAAGCGGGCUCCUUUGGUCCUGCGCCCGUUCCACCUGUGCCCACCAACUUGGCCGCUGUGCGGUCUCGUUCAGCCGGUGGUCACAGCAUGUACCCCUCCUCCUCCCGCCAACACCAUCAGCACCAAUCGCAGACGGAUCGCGAAGACGCUCAGCUCCACGCGACACCUCCGCACACACAGCUCCACCGUGACGAACACGUCGUCUCGCCCGAACCUUACCCUCCGCAACGGCCAGCGCAGCCCUGGACCGGCGUAGCUGGCCACUGGGAUCCUUCGGGUGCUGCCUACGAGCCCCAUCAGGCUGCGCCGACGCCCCUCUACGACCCUGUCCCGGGCCCGGGCAUCACGCUUCCCGGUCACUUCAAGGCCGAUUCCGUCUCGACCAGCGUCGAUCUUGGCAACGGCAUGCGCGACGCAGACUCCCUUCGGCAUCGGCAGGACAUGAAUCGCCUCGGAGGCGGCUCCUACCCCUACCAGGGCUACGGGACGCCCAUGAGCUACGGCCACUCGCAGGGCUCAGCUCGCAGCCUCGGCGCCGAGGACGAGAAGAGCGUCUACUCCAAGGCCAGCGUGCCUGCUUCGCUCGGUUACGGCGACCACUCGACCGUCAAUCUCGCGCAGCCCAGCCUGCCCCCGCCCACGUCCUUUUCCUCUGGCUACGGUCCAGGCUACACCGCGCACGGCGGGCCCCAUGGCGACGUUUCCAGUGAUCCCUACCAGACUUCCGGCGGCUUGGGCCAGCCUGGCUUCGUCAUCGCCGCCGCGCCGAGGCAGAACUUCCAGACGAGGGACCCGUCUGCGUGGGCGCAGAACCGCGACAAGAUCAUGCGGAAGCGCACCGUCAAGCGCGUCGAGCUCCAGGACGGCAACCUGGUCAUCGACGUCCCCGUCGCGCCGUCCAUCAGCCAGCAGUCGGGCUCGGACAAUCCCGAGUUCUCGCAGAUGCGCUACCAGGCGGUGACGUGCGACCCCGACGACUUUGUGGCGCAGCGAUACACGCUUCGGCCCUGGCUGUACGGGCGCAAGUGCGAGCUGGCCGUGGUGAUGACGUCGUACAACGAGGACGACGUGCUGUUCGCGCGCACCAUGGGCGGCGUCAUCAAGAACAUCGCCCACCUGUGCCAGCGCAACAAGUCCAAGGUGUGGGGUGCCGAUGCCUGGAAAAAGGUCGUCGUUGUCAUCGUUGCCGACGGCCGCAAGAAGGCCAACGACCGGAUGCUCAAGGCGCUGGGCCUGAUGGGUUGCUUCAACGAGGCCGUCAUGAAGGACCACGUGCUCAAGAAGCCGACCCAGGCGCACGUAUUCGAGUACACGACGCGCGUCCAGGUGACGGACAAAGGCGAGGUGCGGGUGGCGCCGUGCCCGAUCCAGGUCGUCUUCUGCCUCAAGGAGGAGAACAAGAAGAAGCUCAACUCGCACCGCUGGUUCUUCAACAGCUUCUGCAGGCUGCUGCAGCCCAAUGUCUGCGUGCUCCUCGAUGUCGGCACCAAGCCGACGGGCACCUCGAUCUACGAGCUGUGGAAGAGCUUCGACAAGCACGAGCACGUCGGCGGGGCGUGCGGAGAGAUCUGCGUCGACACGGGCCGAGGAUGCUGGAACCUCGUCAACCCACUCGUCGCCAGCCAGAACUUUGAGUACAAGCUGUCCAACGUGCUCGACAAGCCCCUCGAGUCGGUGUUCGGCUUCAUCUCGGUCCUGCCCGGCGCCUUCUCCGCCUACCGCUACAAGGCGCUGCUCGGCCGUCCGCUCGAGACGUACUUCAAGGGCGAGCAGCUGCACGGCGCCGGCGCCGACAGUGGCGUCUUUACGAGCAACAUGUUCCUCGCCGAAGAUCGGAUCCUCUGUUUCGAGCUGGUGACCAAGCAGCGCGAGGCGUGGCUGCUGCGCUACGUCAAGUCGGCCAAGGCGUUCACCGACGUUCCGGACCGCGUGCCCGAGCUCAUCUCGCAGCGCCGGCGGUGGCUCAACGGCUCGCUCUUUGCGUCGUACUACGCGGCGUGGCACUGGUACCGCAUCUACACGUCCGGACAGAGCUUCGGGCGGAAGCUGUGGCUCACGGUGCAGACCGUCUACAACAUGGUGCAGCUCGUCUUCAGCUGGUUCGCCAUCGCCAACUUUUUCCUCGCCUUCUACUUUCUCCUCUCGUCGGCCACGAGCACCGAGGGCAAGGACCCGUUCUACGGCCAGGGCAAGGCGGUGACCGAGAUCUUCACCAACGUGUUUAUCGCCAUGAUCCUCGUGGUGCUCGUCUGCUCGCUGGGCAACCGGCCGCAGGGCUCCAACUUUGCCUACACGUCGGCGAUCCUCAUGUUUGGCGUCAUCAUGGGGCUCGCGCUCUACUGCGCCGGCUACACGACCUACCUCGCGCUCGACUCGGCCGGGCUGACGGCGUCGGCGGGCUGGAACUGGGACCACAUCAAGGUGCUGCUGACCACGCCGGGCUUCCGCGACAUUGUCAUUGCGCUGGCCGCCACCUACGUCCUCUACCUCGUCACGUCGAUCGCGCACCUGGAGCCGUGGCACAUGGUGACGUCGUUUGCCCAGUACAUGUUCCUGAUGCCCACGUACACCAUCAUCUUUGCCAUCUACUCGAUGUGCAACACCAACGACCUGUCGUGGGGCACCAAGGCGCAGACGGGACCGGCGACGGACCUCGGGUCGGCGACGUCGGCCAAGACGGACGGCAAGGAGGUGGUCGAGGUCAAGGUGACGGCGACGUCGCAAGACGCCGAGGACCUGUGGCGCCUCUACCGCGAGACGCUGAGCGUGCCGCUCAAGGAGGUGCACCAGAAGCGCGACAAGGCGACCAAGUGGGAGGACCACGCGCGCAACUUCCGCACCAACAUGGUGCUGCUCUGGAUGGCCACCAACACGGUCGUCAUCCUCGUCUUUACCAGCUCCUGGUGGAACGCCUACGUCCAGAGGCACCUCGGCGGCCGCGGCAAGCAGCCCGUCGUCAACCCGUACCAGAGCGUCAUUUUCUGGAGCACCGCCGGCCUGGCCGCCUUCCGCGCCUUUGGCAGCUUCUUCUACCUCUUCCUCCGACUGUUUGGCCACUGA